CCAGCAUCCGUGGUGGUUAGAAUAGAGUAGAAGUUAAAGUACCCUAUUUCCUCAUAAUAAAGCCUUAUGAUCAUUUAGGGUAUGGAAAGACCACUUGCAGGAAUUGAGUGCGUUGCCUUCAAAACCACCGUUUCCACAAGACUGGAAUUCUUUUGACUCUAAAGUUGGGUACCGCGCUUCGUCUCCUGGACCACAUCGGAAAUACCUACCUACCCAAGGCGAGAACCACAUUAUCGACCUGCGCGCGCAAUACCUUUCGACAUCGGACAAACUAAAUAACUUAAGUCACGAUAUUUUUUUAUCAUCGACUUGCACCAAGAGAAAGAAUGAAAACGGUGUUAAGAAUCCUGCAGCAACACCUAUGGCCAGCAAAGCCUCAAGUCCAGAUUCUCUCCGACCUGCACCUCGAAAUAGGCCAACAGUACUCAACCUUCACGUUCCCUGCAACAGCGCCUUUUCUGCUGCUGGCAGGCGACAUUGGCCGUCUGAUCGAUUAUGACGGUUAUCGCAGCUUCCUCGAAUCGCAAGCCGCCCGGUACACGAAAGUAUUCCUGGUGCUAGGAAACCACGAGUUCUAUGGCAUGGAUUACGCGUCAGGACUUGAGACGGCGCGACGACUCUCACAGGAACCAUCGCUCUCUGACAAGGUGGUGCUCUUGCACCGUAGCAGAUGGGACGAUCCCAAUUCCUGCUUGACCAUCCUCGGCUGCACCCUCUGGUCGGCGAUCCCGGAAGACGCAUGUGCUCUUGUUGAAGGCAACGUCAACGACUUCAAGCAGAUAAAGGAGUGGACCGCGCACAAUCACAACAAAGUCCACAGCGAGGAGGUCGCCUGGCUGCGCGACGAGGUGGUGCGAGUCCAGGCCAGUUCGCAAAGUGGAAAGAGAAGCAUUCUUGUCGUCAGCCACCAUGCGCCCUGUAUCAAGGGCUCUUCCCGGCCAGAACACGACGGAAGCCCGUGGACACCGGCAUUUGCAACUGACUUGGUGGAGGAAGAGUGGUGUAAGGGGGUCAAAGUGUGGGCGUUUGGUCACACGCACUACUCAAACCGAUUUUGGAGGAAUGGCAUAAAGCUGGUGUCGAACCAGCGGGGCUAUACUCUCCCCGGAGGCGUGUCGCUUGAGCCGAAAUUCGCGGGGAGGAAGCCGAGGUAUCAGUUUGAUGCUGCUCUAGCCAUCGCCGUGUAGCGCAUAAUCGCAAGGAAGAGCGUUCUGACAACACCUAUGGCUCUUGAUGCUGAUGGAGGCGUGACAUGGAAAGUGUCUGGACAAUAUUUGCAGGAGACGGGGAAAAGCUAUGGUUGAAGAGUUUGGCAUGCCAGGCUCCCUAGGUAAGGGCCUGCAACCCCAAGCGGUGGAUGCAACGUAUGUUAAAGCCAGAUCCAUAGGUUUCGUAUGUACCUGCAAGACAUCUACAGGCCGUCCCGUGGAAGCCGAGUACGUUCCUACACAUAGUCGGGCAUGUAAGGUAGCAGUGCGGUAGUUAACUUGAACGGCCUGUGCAUAAGGUAUGAAUUAUGUGCAAUCCCCGCCAUUGAAGAAUGAC